AGUUUAUGAAGAUGAGGCCAUCACUGCACGCCCCUGUCUUGCUAUUUUUAUGCCGAGUGAGUCAGUUGACUUACACUGGUGCCGAAUGCCCACCGGAUGACGUCUCCAAAGUCUUGCGAAAAAUUCAAAAACUUGAGAAGAGGCUCUUUGAGCAGCUGACCACAGUGAAACAACAACUGAGAACUCCAAGCGGCGAGUUUGGAUUAAAUCAGUGCUCCCCUGGCCCCAAGGGACCCCCUGGAAAACCCGGUGACCCAGGAAUCGUUGGGCCCGAUGGUUUGGACGGGCCUGUGGGGAUGAAGGGUCGACGGGGUGACCCCUGUAUCCCGGGACCCCCAGCGUAUUUGUAUCCAAUAAAAGGGUAUCGAGGAAACUCAGGUCCAAAGGGAAGAAAGGGAUACAAGGGAGGCCAGGGAUUAUGCCUCUGUCGGGAGACGAAAAUGCCGUGCCGAAAAUGCCCUUUUGAGGGUCGCGGUGAGAAGGGAGACUGGGGAGAUGUUGGCCAUGACGGUGUACCAGGCGUAGUAGGGGACCCGGGGGAGUCCAUAGAAGUGUCCGUGGAACCCAUGACUAUUCCGGGCAGGCGAGCGCUACCCUAAUUCCUCAGGCAUUCCACCAACGCUGAGGACGUUACGGAUGGAACGCAUAUUUAAAAAAAAUAUAUUCUGUUAAAUUUAACAGAAAGUCUGUUGUUGAUGGUGCUAAAAUGUAUUCUGUAAUUGCAACAGAUUAUUCUGUUAAAUAUAACACACAUACAACCUAAUAAUUCACAGGAUUGUACCGAAAAUUUUGUUGAAUAUAACACAGUAUUGUGUUAUAAUUACAGAAUUCAUUCUUGUCUCACACAUACAUGUACUUUCUGUUAAAACUAAAACUAAUUGUACUGUAUAAGAUAUACAUCCAGUUGCCUUUGGAAAGUUUAAGUAUUGUAUCAAUACUCUUGCAACAUUUAAAGGUGGAGAAAAAAAAAUAACACUGUAAUACACGAUUACUUAUUCUGGCCAACGAUGAACACUAUACAUAUACGUUAUAUUUUUCCCAAUAUUGUAUUUGUCUAUUUGCCUUUUAAAAUGCACUUUUGUGGGUGAAGCUUUAGCGUAUUCCAUUUUAUUGUAUGUGCAUGACUAAACUUCUUUGCACACCACAAGAGAAAGCUGAGGAGACUUCAGCAACCCUAGUUAUACCACUUUGCCAGCAGGAUCACUUGUUACAAAAAAACCCCUACAUGUACGUUGAAUUUCUCAAAUAUCCAUUAAAAUAUUCAUCUUUGAAACAGACGAUCAGUCAGAAAAAAAUGUGGAUAAAGGCUUUCGGUGAUAAGUGAAAAAUGAAAAGUUUUACGGAUCACAUGUCAAUUUAGAUUUUAUUCAAUGAGUUUAUAAUUCAAAUGAAAACACACAUUUUGAAAUGACAUCAAUUACUCUGCCCUCCAAUUAACAAUAAUCAUCAAACUGGAACAAAUCUGCACCAAGAUCACAGAAGUCAUGGAAUUACAAUAAACGAAAUUUCUG